GCGCCGGGGCGAGCAGCGGCCGAGCGAGCGCGGGGCGCACCGAGGCGAGGAGGCGGGGAAGCCCGCCGCCGCCGCCGCCGCGCCCGCCCCUUCCCCCCGCCGCCCGCCCCCUCUCCCCCCGCCCGCCCGCCGCCUUCCUCCCUCUGCCUUCCUUCCCCACGGCCGGCCGCCUCCUCGCCCGCCCGCCCGCAGCCCCGGAGCCGAGGCCGCCGCGGCCGUGGCGGCGGAGCCCUCAGCCAUGGCCUCGGGCGACACCCUCUACAUCGCCACGGACGGCUCGGAGAUGCCGGCCGAGAUCGUGGAGCUGCACGAGAUUGAGGUGGAGACCAUCCCGGUGGAGACCAUCGAGACCACGGUGGUGGGCGAGGAGGAAGAGGACGACGACGACGACGAGGACGGCGGCGGCGGCGACCACGGCGGCGGGGGCGGCCACGGGCACGCGGGCCACCACCACCACCACCACCACCACCACCACCCGCCCAUGAUCGCGCUGCAGCCGCUCGUCACCGACGACCCGACCCAGGUGCACCACCACCAGGAGGUGAUUCUGGUGCAGACGCGCGAGGAGGUGGUGGGCGGCGACGACUCGGACGGGCUGCGCGCCGAGGACGGCUUCGAGGACCAGAUCCUCAUCCCGGUGCCCGCGCCGGCCGGCGGCGACGACGACUACAUCGAGCAGACGCUGGUCACCGUGGCGGCCGCCGGCAAGAGCGGCGGCGGCGGCUCGUCGUCGUCGGGAGGCGGCCGCGUCAAGAAGGGCGGCGGCAAGAAGAGCGGCAAGAAGGGCUACCUCGGCGGCGGGGCCGGGGCGGCGGGCGGCGCGGACGCGGGCAACAAGAAGUGGGAGCAGAAGCAGGUGCAGAUCAAGACCCUGGAGGGCGAGUUCUCGGUCACCAUGUGGUCCUCAGAUGAAAAAAAAGAUAUUGACCAUGAGACAGUGGUUGAGGAGCAGAUCAUUGGAGAGAACUCCCCUCCCGAUUACUCAGAGUACAUGACAGGAAAGAAGCUUCCUCCUGGAGGGAUACCCGGCAUUGACCUCUCAGACCCCAAACAGCUGGCGGAAUUUGCUAGAAUGAAGCCAAGAAAAAUUAAGGAAGACGAUGCUCCAAGAACAAUAGCUUGCCCUCAUAAAGGCUGCACAAAGAUGUUCAGGGAUAACUCUGCCAUGAGAAAACAUCUGCACACCCACGGCCCCCGAGUCCACGUCUGUGCAGAAUGUGGCAAAGCUUUUGUUGAGAGCUCAAAACUAAAACGACACCAACUGGUUCAUACUGGAGAGAAGCCCUUUCAGUGCACGUUCGAAGGCUGCGGGAAGCGCUUCUCACUGGACUUCAAUUUGCGCACGCACGUGCGCAUCCAUACCGGGGACAGGCCCUACGUGUGCCCCUUCGACGGCUGCAAUAAGAAGUUUGCUCAGUCGACUAACCUGAAAUCUCACAUCUUAACACACGCUAAGGCCAAAAACAACCAGUGAGAAGAAGCACGGAGAAGACCCUUCUCGAGCCCGGGGAGCCUCUUCCUUCUAGGAGCGUGAUUGGGAAUAAACACGCCUCUCCUUUGUAUAUUGUUUCUAGGAAAGAAUUUUAAAAAUGAAUCCUACACACCUAAGGGACAUGUUUUGAUAAAGUAGUAAAAAUUAAAAAAAAAAACUUUAAUAAGAUGAGAUGGCUAAGAUGCUCUAUCUUGCUCUGUAAUCUCGUUUCAAAAACACGGUGUUUUUGUAAAGUGUGGUCCCGACAGGAGGACAAUUCAUGAACUUCGCAUCAAAAGACAAUUCUUUAUACAACAGUGCUGACAACGGGACUUCUUUUCACAUUCUUAUAAAUACGAAGCUCACCUGUUGCUUACAAUUUUUUUAAUUUUGUAUUUUCCAAGUGUGCAUAUUGUACACUUUUUGGGGAUAUGCUUAGUAAUGCUACGUGUGAUUUUUCUGGAGGUUGAUAACUUUGCUUGCAGUAGAUUUUCUUUAAAAGAAUGGGCAGUUACAUGCAUACUUCAAAAGUAUUUUUCCUGUAAAAAAAAAAAAAAGUUAUAUAGGUUUUGUUUGCUAUCUUAAUUUUGGUUGUAUUCUUUGAUGUUAACACAUUUUGUAUAAUUGUAUCGUAUAGCUGUAUUGAAUCAUGUAGUAUCAAAUAUUAGAUGUGAUUUAAUAGUGUUAAUCAAUUUAAACCCAUUUUAGUCACUUUUUUUUUCCCCCCCGAAAAAUACUGCCAGAUGCUGAUGUUCAGUGGACUUUCUUCGCCUGUUCAGUUACAGAAAGUGGUGCUCAGUUGUAGAAUGUAUUGUACUUUUUACCACCUGACGUGUACACCUCGUGUAACAGAAAGGGCAACAAUAAAACAGCAAUCCUACAGAAAGAAUACGGCAGAAAAAGAUCUGUAAGCACAGUCUUCUUUCCUUUUGUUGUCCAGAAUAAUUCUCAUUCUUGAGCCUCCCAGAAAUUGGAAGCUAAAUAAAGCACCUGAAGUCUCCUUUACUUUUGCACUCAGCUUAUGGUGACCUGUGAUCGAGCAGCGCAGAUACUUUAGUCCUUCCCACGCAUGCUGAGCUCUUGAGAGCGACUAGGUGACAGGCAGCCCGAGUUAAGGAACUACCUCAGAGUAUCCCCCACCCCACCCCACCCCCCCACCGCCCCCCGGCCAGGCCCGUCAGAGACAUGAUUUUGAUUUUCGCUUCCCCGAAAAGCACGGCCCAAACAGCUGUGCCCUGGCCUGUGCGCACGCACGUGCUCAAAGCAAGCUGGCGAGCAGGGCAGGCACCGGGCACCUCUGCAGCUCAGAGGCGCUUCUGCUUCGGGGCUGCUGGUCGGAGAGCCAUGGUUCCCGCAUCCGGUGGAGUCUUUAAAUGCUGGCACGUGCGGCACUGGAGCACCCGGUGGCUUUAAUGUCACACACGUGCAGCUGGAUACGGAGUGCAAAUUGGCAGGGCGAUUCGGUGAUUAAGAAAGUUGUACUCAGUGAGUACUUUCCCUCUCACAUUGUGACCUCCUAAAUGCACCGUUAAAUUUUUUGAAUUUUACUUAGAGUCAAAUAUCAGACUCGCGAGACUCUUUUGUAAACCGCCACGGUGCCGCAGAACCGCAUCGAUUCAGACCACAAACACACUGUGUGUCUUUGUGCUUACGCUUGACUCUGCGCUGGCUGAUCCCUGAGAUGUGAUUUCCAGGAUGUCCAGGACACCAUCAGGUCCAAAGGUAGCCCUGUCUCUUCCAGCUUCCCUGUCGCUCCUGUACAGGAAGGCUGGUGGCCUAACGACCGUGACCCUAUGGCUCUCCGGAAUUUUGAAGUGCCUUCUGAAUCCUAAAGUGAAAAUUUUAACUUCAGACACUUUUCUUUUAUUCGUUCAGAAUCUGUUAUCCAUUGGGUAGUGUGCUGGAAGUGAGUUAAUCAGAAGACCCCAGCUGUUCCCUGGAUAAGCCAGGCUUUGCUGAACCUGGCAGUCAGGAGAGAGGUAAGCCCGCGGCGGAGGUCCCCUCCAGAGCUGCGUGCCCCGGUGGUUCUUGGCCGGGCCUGGGGCCGAGGCCUCCGCCGAUGCCCCUGGUGCAAAGCGCCCACACCUUCCCCCCCACCCUCAGGUGGCCUUGCUAGGAGUUGGGAGCCACGCCACCCCCGCCCAGCACUGCCACACGGGAGCCUGGGCCCGGCGCCGUCCUCAGGACUCCUGCCCGAGAGCCCACAGCAAGGCAGACUCGUGCCGCGCCAGCAGCCCCAAGAGCUGCGCCGUGACCUGCAGAGAAGCCAGGCUCCGGUGUGGAGCAAGGUCCCCCCUUCCUCUGUGCCUUGAUCCCCAUGGGGGAUGCCUUGGUCAUCUCUUCCGCCCCUUCCGUCUCUGAGUGAACAGUCGUCACUCCCCGUGACUCUCUGUCCGUGUGUCUUCGCUCAGGCUGCAGAGUUCAUUGCCAGCAGGAAUUUGAUCGGGGGGCUGAAGACCCCGUAGUGUCCCAGGCUCCUCGUUGGUGGUGAUCUCCGUCCCCCAGAGUGUAGGAAACUAGUCCGCGAGCGGCCAUGUUAAGAGUAGCAGUGGUUCUCAUUGGCUGGAGCCCAAACCCGUUUUGCUUGUGAGAAUUUAUAAUUUGCUAAAGAUGUGAUUUACUAAAAUUGGAAGUGGUGUUCUAACAGUGAGUCACUUGUCUCGAGGAUUAAUCUGAUUUGUAAGUAAUACCGAUAGACCUAUUUUCUUACAUCCCAGCGGAAACAAGUGCGUUUCCAGCGUAUGUAAUAUAAAAACUAGAGGAUACGUUUACACUUAACAAGAUGUUGUUUUCUAUUUUUGGAUUUCUUAUUAGUUCCCCCCCUUUUUGGUAGUGGGGCUCAGGGGGAAGCAUAAUAUUUGUAUAAAGAACUGUCACCCCAGAGUGACCUUUAUUUUCCAAGGUGACCUUGAACUCACGCUGUUGGUUUCAUAUGGUGUCUGUGAGCUGUGCCUAGAUUUGAGGCCUGAGAAUUUGAGGAGAAUCAAGAUUUCUCCCCCUCCCACCCCGCCAUUCGGUUUCCACGUGCAAGCUCUCUUAAAUGUCACUUGCUUUGCUGGAUUUGAGUGCAGUGACGGCCUUUUGACAGCAUAGUGUCUCAACACCGGCCGCUGUUCCCAAGCAGAGUUCCCAGCUGUCACUUCACGGGGGAGAGUCCCUUCAUUCGGCAAGAACCUAGGGAGACCGGCGGUCGGCCGAGCGGUCGCUGCAGUGCGGUGAGGGGGCUUGCUACUGCCCCCGCCCUGCCCGGCCACACUUAGCUACUGUCACCCACCUCGGAACGGGUGGCCCGGGCGCAGGAGCCCCUUCCUCGCCCUCCCAGGGACCCGAUGAGCCCGCCCCGCGCUCUGCCCAGGCGGCGAGAAUCCAUCGUUUCUUGUCUGACUCCUCUGUGGCCUGAGACGAGCAUGGCUUCGGAAAGCCACGUGUGACCGACUGCUCUUUGAGCACCACCAGGAGCAGGGACCCCAGGGGCUGGUGUAGGGGGAGAGCAGAAGCUGUUGAUGCAUUCGCUUUGUGCCACAACCCUGCCGUGAGGCUUCCUCCUAGCUGCUCUGCCGGCCCCGCCGGAGCCAGCAACCUGCCUGUCGUUGGGUGGUCUCAGACGCCCAGCCCGAGGGGCACUAGGUGCCUAGGGUCACUCUAGUUCGUAGCCCUUUGUCCUGGUGUCUCAGCAUUAGUCAAGUCCAGCAGGUGAUGGCAGGUGCCUUCCACCCAGACUUAACCCCGAGGCGGGGGAGGAAACCCAGAUCCCAAGCCCCGCCCCCUUACCGCUCCGCCCACGAACUCCACUGCCCCCUGACUUACCGGCCUUGGCCACCUUUGUCACUGCUCAGGUGUGCAGGUCCCCUGCUUGCCUGGACGGUGUGGGCGCAGGUCCUUCCAAGCAGCAGCAUGAGGCUCCUGGCUUUCCCCUCCAAGCCGGAGAGGAUGCUGGAAGGUGCCAGAGGGUGUCUAAGCCGGGCCCGAGUGCAGCUGGAGGGGCUGGCAUAUCGCCGGCUUGCUGCCUCCGCUCCCCCCACAGCAGCCGGAGGGGAGUAUUGGAAUGGAACGUGGGCUUCGGUUAGGUCGGCAGGCAAAUCGCACUUCCUGCGAGCAAGUCACCCUGCUCCCCAUGUUUCUGACCAACGCUCCAGGAGUCUGCAGAGGGUGACGGGCAGGAUCACGUUCGUCUAGGUCAGCAAUGAUUGAUUUUUCCGCAAAGCGGCAAGUUUGAUCAGAUUGACUGCCUUUCAUUCAAGACACUCAGCCACCGUAAGAAACGGCAUGGGGGUGUCGCGGGGAGGGGGCACAUGCCGUGCUGUCGUCUGGCUGCUGCUCUAUCUGGGGGCCACACAAGGUCCACAUACAGAGUGGAGGGGAAAGGGCAUCGGUACGGAACAGAGUAACCUUGUGUCUACAGCAUCCAUAACUGUUAAGAGGCUCUAUUGUCUGCGGAUGGCGAUUGGUCAAGCCAUUUUCACAGAACAGUUCUGUUUCUAUUCACUUUCUGGAAACUUCCAUAGGCCCUGACUCAAGGACUUAGCGUUGUGUCUCAUGUACAUCUUUUCUGAAAUGUUCUUUGCCAUUUCUGGAAUUGUCCUUGGUUUUUCCUUAGCUCAUAGGUCAUAGAUGCAGAAAUAUUAUAGUAUUUAAGGCAUCCGCAUCAAGCAUCAGAUGGCUUUGCAUCCAGAAAAACAUUUAACGAUAACUCCGUUCUAAGCACCACGCAUGUGUAACAUGGCUCUAUAAAGUAUAAUAAACGCAUAACGUUGUUAAGCUU